UUAACGUCUAACGACUAUCUGCUCUGCUGACGUUAACGUUGUCGGCACGGGUCCCAACGAGAUUGAAUUCCAUUAUUUGAUGACUGAUGACUGGUGGGUGGUAUUCCGCCCUUCAGCGACGACUCAGCGUGAGUGGGAGACCUUAAAGUCUCUUACAACUAUAUAAUAUAAUAUAUAUAUAUACAUUCAUCUGAAAUGGAGUGAGGACCUUGAUCCGUUGGAGCUCUUGGAAAUUGGGGAUCGAAUCAAGCGCUUCACCGGGAUAGAAUCGAUUUAUAAUCCGGUAGUCGUGAAGUUUCUCUGAGCGGUAAUAGGAGUGUAUAUGGCUUACUUAGCAACUGCUGAGGUUUGUGAUACAAAUGCGGCAGCACUUGCAAGUGGUGAUCUGCGCGUCCUGGAACCUAUCUUCCAGAUUUAUGGGCAGUGUCGAGCAUUCUCAGGCCCGAUUGCCACUCUUAAGGUGUUUGAGGACAAUGUGUUGGUUCGGGAGCUGCUUGAAACCAGAGGUGAAGGCAGGGUUCUAGUCAUAGACGGUGGAGGAAGCAAGAGAUGUGCCUUGGUGGGAGGGAAUUUGGGACAGUUGGCCCAGAAUAUGGGGUGGGCUGGUAUUGUACUCAAUGGCUGCAUUAGAGAUGUAGAUGAGAUCAAUGGCUGCGAUAUUGGGGUUAGAGCCUUGGCAUCCCAUCCCCUGAAAUCAAACAGAAAAGGCAUGGGUGAAAGGCACAUUCCUAUUCAUGUUGGCGGAACCUUAAUUCGUGAUGGGGAAUGGUUGUAUGCAGACAGUGAUGGUAUUCUUGUCUCAAAAACCGAGCUGUCUGUCUGAACCACAAGUUGAAGCCAUGGUUAUUUAGAGUUCAAUUCCUCUGAUUGUAAGAGUAGUUGACUUCGAUUCUUCUGAUCUAAUAAGAGUAUUAUGAUCAAAGCAUAAAUCAAUGUGCUUGCAGGCUAAGCAUUGAAAUGAAGUUGGUAUUUUGCUUUCUAUAUCAGUGAUCAAAAUUUGAGAUGCUGAUCUAAUCAGAUUAUCAUGAUCAAUAUAUAAAUGAAGUUGUUCACUUGUUAAACGGUAUGGCUGGUAUUUUUUGUCUUGCUCGUUAAGCAUGAAAUGGUGUUGGAAUUUGUUUUUUAGGAAAUUUUGCUUUCUGCAUUGUGAUAUUGUUCUUGGCAGGUCAUAUUCGCAUGAUAUUGGCUGCUUGCUGUCAA